AUGCAUGCCACCUGGCGCAGCAGCAGCCCCCCUCCGCAGCCCGUGCCUUCAUUCCCACUUGACCACUUCUUGUUUGAGACACUUUUUCCAAAACCCAACCACAACCGACUUCACGACAAGAAUUUUAAAAACUCACGUUCCUGCAUCAUGCCACAAGGAGAGUAUAUCGAAGAAUUUCAGAAGCGUUCAGGGAAGAGACUUGAUCAUGACGAGAGGAAACGGAAACGAGAAGCGCGAGAGGUGCACAAGCGAUCGUCGAUCUCGCAAUCGAUGCAUGGCCACAAGGCCAAACUGCUGCAUGCCAAACGAUACAGCGAGAAGGUGGAGAUGAAGAAACGGAUCCGAGAGCAUGAGAAGAAGGAUGUCAAGACGAAGUCGACUGCCGACGACGGCUCAGGAGCCCUGCCCACUUAUCUGUUGGAUCGAGAGAAGGAGAAUAAAGCGAAAGCUUUGAGUAGUGCACUCAAGGAAAAACGGAAGGAGAAGGCUGGAAAGUAUUCGGUGCCGUUGCCUAAAGUUCGUGGAAUCGCUGAGGAUGAAGUGUUCAAAGUCAUGAAAACCGGUAAACGGAAACAAAAGGCAUGGAAAAGAAUGGUCACCAAAGCUACGUUUGUCCCUGAGAACUUCACUCGUAAGCCGGUGAAGAUGGAGCGAUUUAUCCGACCGAUGGGUCUCCGAGUCAAGAAAGCCAACAUUACACAUCCCGAACUUCAAGCGACGUUUCAAUUGCCGAUCAUCGGAGUCAAGAAGAACCCUCAAUCACCGAUGUACACCCAAUUAGGCGUGCUUACCAAAGGGACGGUGAUCGAGGUGAAUGUGUCUGAGUUGGGUUUGGUGACCACGGGUGGGAAGGUCGUGUGGGCCAAAUAUGCUCAAGUUACAAAUAACCCGGAACUUGAUGGAUGUGUGAAUGGUGUUUUGCUUGUAUGAGUAUGAAGAUCGUUUUUCUUUUUUUUGGUUUCUCUGUCUCUUUUUUCUAUGGAAAAAGGCGCCUUCUGUUUUUUUUUUCUUUAAUCCGAGUUUGUGUAUUUCUCGUAAAAAUAGUGAUUUCUUUUGACUUUCUUUGCAAAUCCAUCAUGAGUAUCUCCG